GUGUAGUGCUCGGUUGCCACCGCUUUGUUUUGACCAACUUGAUAUCUCUCAGUCGCGCAACUAAGACGCAGAAGUUAAAGGAGAACAUUUUUCGCCCUUCUAGCAAGUGGAAGUUUGUGCUUUGUCGUUCCACGAUGGUGAAAGUGUCUUUUAACUCGGCCUUUUCGCAGAAAGAUGUCAAAAAGGACGUGGAAACGCUGAUUUCCGAGGAGGACAAAGAUGCGGAGGCAGCACUUCCUGUGCGUGGACAGUCUCGGGCCUGGUGCUGGUGCAUGUGCCUUGGUCUGGGCCUCAUGCUGUCUGGGAUGGUGGUGGCCGGAGCCUACCUGUACCGCUACUACAUCCUGGAGGUGUGCGUCUGGCACGUAGACCAGAGCAGAGCCAAGUGUGACACGCCUCCCUCUGUCUUGCAGGAGGGCCAGGUGUUUGUGUGCGGGGUCAACUACCGCGAGGAGGACCUGACCAUGGCCCAACUGGAGAAGGUGGACGUGGAGCUUCCAAUCCCUCUGAGGCAGCUGGAGGAGAGAAUCCGGGUGCUGGAGAGGGAACAGGUGGCGCUCAUUCACGUGCCAGUGCCCGACUUUGAGGAGGGAGACCCCGCAGAUAUCGUCCACGACUUCCAGCGGAUGCUGACCGCCUACCUGGACCUGAACCUGAACAGGUGUUACGUCAUCGCGCUCAACACCUCCAUUGUCAUGCCACCACGAGACUUCCUGGAGCUGCUGGUCAAUGUCAAGUCUGGCACCUACCUGCCCCAGUCCUACCUGGUGCACGAGGACAUGGUGGUGACAGAGCGCCUGGAGCACGUGGACCAGCUGGGAUACUUCAUCCAUAACCUGUGUCGCGGCAAGGACACCUUCAAGCUGCAGCGCCGGGACAGGAUUCUGGGUAUGCAGAAGCGGGAGGUGCUGAGCUGCCACAAGAUCCGUCACUUUGAGAACAAGUUUGUGGUGGAGACUGAGAUCUGUGAGAUGUGAUCGAGCAUUUCUCAGCGUACUUUCACUUUCACUUUCUACAUACAGUUGGGCCAGAAACCAAGUAGUACCAACAUCAAUACUACAAUAGUAUUCAACACUACAGUAGUUCUAGUACAGUAGCAUUCAAUACUACAAUAGUAUUCAGUACUACAGUAGUAUUCAAUACUGUAGUAUUGAAUACUACAGUAUUAUUCACUACUACAGUAGUAUUCAAUACUAUAGUAGUAUUGAAUACUACAAUAGUAUUCAAUACUACAAUAUUUUUCAAUACUACAGUAUUGAAUACUAUUGUAGUAAUACUACUGUAGUAUUCAAUACUACUGUAGUAUUCACUACUACCGUCGUAUUCAAUACUACAAUAGUAUUCAGUACUACAGUAGUAAUACUACAGUAGUGUCGGCCCCAGAUGCGACCAAACCAAUCAGAGCGCUGGUUUUAGUAUGGUGGCCUCUGAUUGGCUGAGGCAACCUUACUAUUUAGGAUGAAUUGAGUGUAAAGAUGACUCAACAUAUUAGAAAGUUGUUUUGUCCCAACUCUGGAAAUACUCCAUGAUAAUGAUUCAUUUGUAUAUCAUUAAUAAACGACAUGAUUAUGAUUCAUUUGCAAUUCAUUAAUAAACAACAUCUUUCCUUUCCUGCUGGA